CCCACAAAUUCCAAAUUUGAUGCGUGUCCUGAACGAGAUACCAUACGAGAAGAUGAACGUUAAGCUGCUGGGCACGGCCCUGGAGACAAUUGGUUCCUAUUGCAAUUGGUUAAUGGAGAAUCCCACCUAUAUACCGGCGGCCAUAGAUCUGCUGGUGCGCGGCCUCAACUCGUCCAUGUCGGCCCAGGCCACGCUCGGUCUGAAGGAGCUGUGUCGCGACUGUCAGCUGCAAUUGAAGCCAUACGCCGAGCCUCUGCUCAAUGCGUGCCAUGCCUCGCUCAACGCCGGGCGCAUGAAGAACUCGGACUCGGUCCGGCUGAUGUUUAGCAUUGGCAAAUUGAUGAGCCUCUUGCCGCCCGAUGGUAUACCCAAGCACUUGGACAUAAUAGUCAGUCCAUGCUUUGAGGAAUUGCAGGCCAUUUGCCAAUCUGAUGGGAAAACUCCCACGGCACGGAUUCGCACAAUUUUCCGUCUCAACAUGAUCUCCACUCUGUUUUCUUCAUUGAAUACCGAUUUGAGUGAAGAGGACAUGGAAAUACAGAUUGUCCAGCCCGUUUUGUUGGUCAUGCAAAGAACAAUGCCAAUUUUUAGGCGCAUUGCCGAGAUGUGGGUGGAGGAGCUAGAUGUUUUAGAGGCCGCCUGUAGCACCAUGAAGCAUGCCAUUAUGAACCUAAGAAGCAGCUUCCGACCCAUGCUGCAGGAUCUGUGCUACUUUAUUGUGGCCAGCUUCCAGACACGCUGCUGUGCACCAACGCUAGAGAUAUCCAAGACAACUAUUGUCAUGUUUUACAGGGAAGAGGGCUGUAAGCCCUAUAUGCAAGAACUUCUGCGGGAGUUUAUCAAGCACAGCUUCAAGCUAUUUGAGAACACGCCACAGCAGAACUUCUCGAAUAUAUCGGACACCAUGGAGGCCUUCUUCGGCUGCCUGGCUCAGAUUGUGAAGAAAAUACCUCAGGCAUUGGAAGACAAGACACUGGCCUACGAUCGCCUCGUCUACUACGGCCAGCGUUGCAUGACGCUGCCCGAAAGCGGUGCCAUACGCUGCGGCAUACAGUUCAUGACACACUUUACGAUUCAGUCGCGCAACCACGAACACAUCACCGAGGUCGUGUUGAAAACUGGCGAACAGACCGUGUACUUCAUCAUGAUGUGUGUGGGAUAUUUGACGCCACGCUCGCAGGUGGACAAGUUUGCCGAUAUCAUAUUGGCCCUUAACAAAAAGUAUCCUGCGGAGCUGGCCAUCUGGCUAAAGACCGUGAUGUCCGUCCCCCAUUUCCCCACACCGCUGUUAAACGAUGCAGAAAAGUCGCGAUAUGUUUCUUUGAUUAUCAAGGAAAAGGUGAACAAGCGGCUGCUGCAACAGCAUCUGUCGGAGAUGGCCAUCAAGUUGCGCGGACUCACCGAAAAGUUCCAGUAAAUGUGGAAGCCUGAAGCUAUUUAGAGGCCAACCAAAUCGCGCACCUUUGCUUUUCAAAACUGGAUUCUAAAUGUGUUUCUGUCCUGUGUCCCAUGUAUUUAGACUGUAAUUUAGGCGACUCUGUAAAUGUUCCUCGACCUUAAGUUGUUGUUACCGCACCUCCCACACCCGCCACCGCCUUUGUUUUUAACAUCUCCAAAAACUCUCGACAAGACAAACUUUUAUUUAUAAUUUUACAAAAAUUACAUGCUUUCAUUUACAAUUUUUUCCAUAGGGUGUAUAACUCAUUUAUA